AAUUUACACUCUUUUGUCGUUCCCUUGUACUAACCAAACCCCUCCUCUCCUCUUUUCCUCUCAUUCUCUGCCUACUAUUCCCUUUUAGUUUACCCACACAUGGCUAAAAUGGCUGGUUUUGUAGUAAUGGUGGCGGCUACAGUUAUGAUGUUUACCAGAGUUUCAGCUGAUCCAGAUAUGCUUCAAGAUAUUUGUGUUGCUGAUCUCACUUCUCGUGUAAAAGUGAAUGGAUUUGCUUGCAAGUCCAAUGUGACAGGCGAGGACUUCUUUUUUGCUGGCCUAGCCAAGCCUGGCGCCACCAACACCACCACGGGAGCGAUCGUUACCCUCGCUAAUGUCGAGAAAAUCCCGGGCCUAAACACUCUAGGAUUGUCCCUCGCACGCAUCGACUUUGCACCCGGUGGCGUAAACCCGCCCCAUACCCACCCACGUGCCACCGAGAUGAUUUACGUACUCGAAGGCGAACUAGAUGUGGGCUUCAUAACCACAGCCAAUGUCCUAAUUCCUAAGUCUAUCAAGAAAGGUGAAAUUUACACAUUCCCUAGAGGCUUAGUCCAUUUCCAGUUGAACAAUGGCAAAGUUCCGGCCUCCGUGCUCUCUGCAUUCAAUAGCCAACUGCCCGGAACUCAGUCGAUCGCCGUCACCUUGUUUACUGCAAAGCCACCUGUGCCGGACAAUGUUUUGACAAAGGCAUUCCAAGUUGGUACCAAGGAAGUUGAGAAAAUCAGGUCCAAGCUUGCACCCAAGAAGUAGAAUCUUGGCACGUAAAAACUCGCAGAAAUAUUUGGUAUAAUAAGAGUCUUUAUAAGCCAUUUCCCGUUACGGGGGUUAAAUAGAAUUUGUUAGUACAACGAAUAAGAUUUGAACUUAUAUUCUUAUAAUUUUUGUAUUUUUAUCGAAUUUACUCUUACCAUACAUGAUUCUUGGGUUGAAA